UCGAUCCAAGAGGAGAAAAUCGGCUCCCGCCAUAAAAACACACACCAGGAGUGAGGACGUCCCUAGGGUUCCUAGCCGCCGCCGGCCCGCCGCCACUACUGCCGGCCCUCCGCUGCGGCGGCCGAAGCCUCCGCUGCCCCGCCUCCGGUACAGGAGCACAGCAGCGCCUCCCUCCCUGGAGCAGCCGCUCCCGCCCGGCAACGCCGCCGCCCGGAGCUACCGGCGACCAGUAUAGGCAGACAAACGCUACAUUUCCUAGAUGAAGCACAUAUUCAAGAUCAUCACGGUGCUGGCGGCGAUCUCGGCCGUCUGGGCUGCGCUCCUUAAACCUCGACAUCCUCACAUUACACCUGCGGAUGCCAUCGACCACGCCCAGACACCCUGCUUCGAUUGAACUCGCUGGAUCUUGUGUUGUCAGCUUCCACAAGUAUAUAGGUAGUGCGGCUCAUGCGGGAACGUGCCUUUUAUGGUUGGGUACGGGCUGAUGUUCUUUCCCACCUGUCCUCAAGAAGCCAUACUACUACAACAGGAUAUUAUGGAGGCUAAGGAAUUCUUAUCCAAAAGGGGUGUUGAUGUGGGCUCUGACUGAGGUCGAUUCCAAUGUUUAAUAUUUUGUGGCCAGUUUGAAGCUUCCUGGAUACCAUAGCUAGAAAAGCUUAUAUGACAUUUCACUAUGUUUAGAUACUGUUACUAACACAGUUUUGGUGAGUGGCGUGUUACAAUUCUACAUUUGAGGUGGAUGGCUUGUCACAACACUACUUGUGUCCGAAAACAUUAUGAGAACAACUAAUGAAUGGUUCGUUAACAAGUCCA